CCCAAAUUGAAAGUCAAUCACUGAACAGAAGCUAAAAAAAAACAUGAACUUUCUUCUGCAUCGGCAGCGUACACCCGGUUCCGUGAUCCCGGUUUCGGAAGAACUUAAGGAACUGAUGUACGAAAUCAGCCGCGAAGUUCUCCGGGAACAGCCACGCAAUGUGAUUGCCUUUUUGGCCGACUAUUUGGAAUCCAAACUGCUACGCCGUGAAAACAUGGCCAUGGCUCAGAAGGUGGUCGAUACGGUGCUGGAUACUAGCUUGGACAUCAUCGAGUUGCUGGACGAUAUCGGAUUGACUCCGGAUAAGGCCGAAAUGGCUGUGGUGCUGAUUCGGUUAGCUUUCAAGAAGCAUUUCAACGUCAAGACUUCAGACGAAAGCUUGAGAGAGGCGUUCCGAGAGGCAGAAGUUAUGGAACGUCUGAUUGUGGAGUGUGGAUUUACUGAUGAGGAGGCCGUUAAGGUAGGAAAACUGAUCGAGAGAUCUUAUAAAACUUAUUUCUUGAGAAAUGUGUACAAGGAAUACUACGGUCCAGCUUUGACUAGCGAUUGGAAAGAUGCCGCGAAGCAUUCUUUGGGGAUUUAUGCGGCCAGUGGAGCCACUAAGGAUCAGAUGGAUAAAGCAGCAGUAAAGAUUCAAGCCGUCUAUCGGGGUUACUUCACUAGGAAGCGUUUGAAGCAAGAUCAAGCGGCCACGGUCAUUCAGCGAGCCUUCAAAAAGCACCAAGGCAAACUGAUAGCUGAUCAAAUUUUGGAAAACAUUGUGGAAAAUAUCGUCGCUCCUGAAUUCAGUGGCCGAUCUGAGGUGCUGGAUAUUUUGGACACAUACUUGGAAGAAGACAUGCCUGAAGAUCAAAAGAAAAUGAUGGACGAAGCGGCUACACUUAUUCAAUCUAUCUACCGAGGAAAACGAGAACGAGAUCAUCUCAUGAAACAAACAUCAGAAGAAGAGGUGCUCUCAGAAGAAAAAGUCAAAAAAAUUUCCCUGGAUGAAACGGAUCAACCCGAAAUGAACGAAGAAAGUGCCGCAGUUCGAAUUCAGGCUCUGGCCCGCGGCCACCUUGAGCGUAAAAAGCUACUUCAGAGCCUCAACAUGCGAUUAUCUCAGCAACUAGCCGAGUAACACCGGGUGUGGACUCAUUCGGGAAAAACCGUAUCGCCUCCAACAGCAAAACUCCCGUCUCAGCAGAAGCCAAAGGUCGUGGAAACCUCCAGCUAAAUUCCUUCUUUUAAUUGCUAAUAAAGCGUUUGAGCUUUUCCGGGAACCCAUAA